AUGAGGAAAGUUCCAUGUAGGCCUACUGAUAACAUGAUCCAAGAACUGGAGUCCCUCAAGUCUGCCCUCAAACAUGCCACCACACUGGCAUACCUGGUAUCUGAUGCCCACAUCUCUGCCACUGCUGAUAUGACUGAUACAACUAUAGAUGCAGUUUUGCAACAGCAAAUUCAAUUCAGAUUUACAGUGAUAUCAGAUGAUAUUCAUAUAUUUAAGAUGCAGAAUGUUCUGCUGCAGGAGCCAGAUCGUUUGCUGUCGCCGACGGCAGUGCUGUUUCGCCAGGCAGGCCACUGCUUUGAGUACAGCACACUGCUGUGUUCGCUGCUCAUUGGAACUGGUUAUGCUGCCUAUGUUGUGUCUGGCUAUGCUGCUCGUGAGUUUUGCAAUAAUGACCAGACGAUGGUCACCUGUCCUCGGCUCAUUCAGCCACCACCACCAGAACCAGAGAAACAGGAAACUGUAGUUUCCAAAUAUCAGGUAGAGCCUCCUCCUGAUCUUCGCAGCCAGUUUCUGAUAGAAAUGGACAGAAGGGAAAAACAACGAGCAGCAGAUGAUGAGCGAAAGAGACAGGAAGAGAAGCGACGUGCUAUUGAGGAAUUUGAGCGUCCGCCACCAGAUGAGUUACAUGGAUUACGUCUGCAUAGCUGGAUUCUUGUGCUGCCACCAAAUAAAGAAGUAACAGAACCAUUUUUUAUAGAACCACCUACUGGUAAUAGGUAUCAAGUUGAUGACCCACAUUACUUGGGAAUUGAAAGUAUUUGGAAUGAUACAAAUUACUGGGUCAAUUUGCAGGACUGUUCAGAAGGUUGCAAAAAUUUGCAGUUUGAACUGAAUGACAAUGAAUGCUGGGCACAUAUUUUUGUUGGCGAGCCUUGGUUCACACGGAAAGAAACUGGUGAAACGGAGGGUGAUCCUCAACAUAUCAUGCAGGAAAAACAUCUAGAUAUUGCUCCUUCUUGGGUACAGAGGAUUGAGAUACCUCGUCCAGUUUUCCUGAACCGAUAUCCAAAGGGGCAAAAGUGCACGUUUUAUAAGAAGGCAAGAGAGGAACAUUUUGCACCAUAUGUGCAGGCUGAUGGUUUGGUUACCAGAAUCACCACAUAUAGUGACUAUGAAUGGGAAGAUGCUGAAGUAGUGUAUGAGUAUUACAAAAACCGCAAAGAUCUGCUCUGUGAAAGGAAGCAUAACUUGAAAACGGAAUCUGCAGUGGAACAAUUCAGCAGAGGGCGAAAGGAUUCAUUGAAAGAACACUUCUAUUAUACAAUGCACAUGACAGUUGAAGACAUACAUGUCAUAAAAUUUUAUAAUGAAGCACGUUUUGAUGACCUAGAGAAGUUAGAAAUGCAUCCAGAAUAUUUGAAAGAGCACUUCAAGAACCGCAAUGACUUACUUUACUUUCGGAGCACAAUUUUUGAACCUAAACUCUCAUAUUCUGAUGAAGGAGGAGAUGGAAGAAGAGUUGUUAAGAAAAUAACAGAAAGAUUCCUUCGGAAUCCAGACAAAGCACCAAAUGAAGAUGUUGCUGAAAGGGUGUUUGCAUUAGCAGAAAAUGAGAUCAGGUUACGAUACUACCAUGGACCUCACCAAAUAACUGGGGCUGUCCGAGAAUUCAUAAAACCACCUCUGUCUGAAAGAGGCGAAAAUCUGACAUUUGAUCCUGAUCUCACCAAAGGCUACCAAUAUGACCCCGGUGCACCAGAGCCAAAAAACCUUACAUUGUACUAUCUAUUAGAUGAGAUGCUCAAAACAGAAGAGAAAUCAUUAAUUCAUGUCCGUGAUAUAGAAAAUGAGGUUGAUGAUAUUCUCAGGACGAGAGACCUCGAAACACGGACACCAAAGCUACUUACAUCUAUAUUUGACAGGGAAAGAAAUGUGGAAGCAAAGCUGGCCAUGAAAGAGAAGGAACAACAAAAAAUUGAAAAACAAAUAAGGGAAGUUGAGGCUGAAACUGACUAUUUAGCUCCAUACUUGGCUCGUAUUGGGAAUCCGCCAACUUUGACACGUCAGCAAGCGCUGAAGAUAAGAGAAGAAUGUCUAAGUGAUUACAAGCAAUUUCUGGUGGACAGAGCUACAAACAUACAGAACCUGUUCAUUAAAGGAUCUCAGGCAUUACAGGCAAAAUCAGUAUGGAUGGAAGAAGAAAGGGACAGUGUGACUGCAGGAGAGGAAGAAGAAUAUUUAGAAUCUGUAAAUGAAACAAAGUUUCACUUACACACAUUGGAAAUUCGUCUUAAUCGUCACCGUGAAAAUGCCCCUCUCAGAUAUCUCCAAAUGGAAAGUUACCUCCGUGGAGAUAAACGUUUAGCAGUGCUUCACUCUUAACUGUAAAAGAACAAUUUUAGUACUUCAAUCUUAACUAAAUUUCUGUAAAAUAGCAAUC